GUCUUGCUGGAUGGAAUCUCUUUGCUUUUAAGGAUCUCUUUCCCCAAAAACUUUCUUUCACUACGCCCCUUAACUUUUGAACUACUUGAAUUGAACAAGGAAGGCAGGGGGGGGGUUGCAAGCGAGGCUGCAGUCCUUCUAUGUUGUUCAAAUCUAAUGAAGUUUCUCUGGACGAAAAAGAUCCAUUUUGAGACUCGACACCGUAACGCACAUUUAUGAUUCCAGCCGAGAAGACUAGUCCCGGAAAGAAAAACAAUGAGAGCACUACCAAAAACUCUAUCUAUUAAUCAGUAUAGCUCGAACCUUAACCCACAACCCCUUACACAAGAUGCUUUAAUAGAACUAGAAGUUUCUAAUUCUAUUUCAGAUCUUGGGUAUGAAACAAGUAAUGCAGCAAGCCGAGCUCUUUCCAAUAGUUCCUCUUCUGAUGCAUCCACUGGGGUCCAAAAUGAGCUGCCUUCUUCUUCUCCACAAGAUCUGAAUGAAACAUUCUAUAAUAUCUCUAAUUUCUUUCAAGGGAAAUUAGACGAAAUAGGAGUAGACUUGCCAUCCAACUGGUCUCUCCAAGAAUUUAUCCAGAUGGUGAUUGGGGAAGAAGAGGUGCUAGACUCCUCUUAUCUAUCAGAUGUCUACUCUAACCUUGUGGAGUGUGGAUUUUAUAGCAGCUAUUGGGAAGAAGCUUUCGAAUUAAUCAAAUUAAUUCAUGGGUGGUAGAUUUUGAGAAAUUCGUUCUUUUCUUAUCUUAUGAAGUUUGUUUGGUGAUUUUUUUUUCCGGUAUGCUGCUCCGCGAGCAAGGAGCGAGAGAACCAAGUGGGCUGUGGUGAUGUCAGAAUUUGCACCUAUUUCUAUCUAUUUAGUGAUGAGUCCGCUAGUUUCUUUGAUCCCACUCGGUGUUCCUUUUCCAUUUGCUUCCAAUAGUUCGACCUAUCCAGAAAAAUUGUCGGCCUACGAAUGUGGUUUCGAUCCUUCCGGUGAUGCCAGAAGUCGUUUUGAUAUACGAUUUUAUCUUGUUUCAAUUUUAUUUAUUAUUCCUGAUCCGGAAGUAACCUUUUUCUUUCCUUGGGCAGUACCUCCCAACAAGAUUGAUCCGUUUGGAUCUUGGUCCAUGAUGGCCUUUUUAUUGAUUUUGACGAUUGGAUCUCUCUAUGAAUGGAAAAGGGGUGCUUUGGAUCGGGAGUAACCACUAGUGAUAGGGCAAGAAUCGG